CCAAGCUGUGCAAAUACCAAUCGCUCCCACGAACAAAAGCCACCAAUGGGCUCCACAAAGCUCAUCGCAGCGACUCUUCUCCCCGCUUUCCUCGCCCUCCAUCUACACGCCCCAGCAGCAAUGGCCACCGCGGCAGGAAGCUCCAACUCCAACCUCUUCCGCGACUACAUCGGCGCCCUCUACAACGGCGUCAGGUUCGCCGACGUGCCGGUCGACCCGCGCGCCCGCUUCGACUUCAUCCUCGCGUUCGUCAUCGACUACACCACCGCGACGGAGCCCCCGUCCCCGACCAACGGCCGGUUCAACGUCUUCUGGCAGGACACGGUGCUCACCCCUGACGCGGUCGCCGAGGUCAAGCGGCGGAACCCCAACGUGCGCGUGGCCGUCAGCCUCGGCGGCGCCACGGUCAACGGCAGGCCCGUGUUCUUCAACGUCACCUCCGGCGUCGACUCCUGGGUCCGCAACGCCGUCGACUCCCUCACCGGCAUCAUCCGGCGGUACGGCCUGGAUGGCAUCGACAUCGACUACGAGCAGUUCCAGGUGGACCCGGCCACCUUCGCCGAGUGCGCCGGCCGUCUCGUGGCGGCGCUCAAGAGCAACGGCGUCAUCAGCUUCGCGUCCAUCGCGCCGUACGGCAACGCCGACGUGCAACGCUACUACCGGACGCUGUGGGCGGCGCACGGGGCCGCAAUAGACUACGUCAACUUCCAGUUCUACGCCUACGGUGCUAGCACCACCGCGGCGCAGUACGUCAGCCUCUUCGACGAGCAGAUCGCCAACUACCCUGGAGCCAACAUCCUGGCCAGCUUCACCACGGCGGCGACGAACACCUCGGUGCCGGUCGACAUCGCGCUUAGUGCUUGCCGGACUCUGCAGGGGCAGGGUAAGCUCUACGGCAUCUUUGUCUGGGCUGCAGACCAUUCCAGGAACCAAGGAUUCAAGUAUGAGACACAGUCGCAGGCCCUGUUGACUGAUGCCACCACGUACUAGUUACCCACAGCUUCUUGGUUUGCGUAUAUCUAUCUAUUAGUGAAAUCAUAUGGAAUAAAACGAGCAUCCGAUUUUAA